AUGCAAUCAUUAACACAUGUGCAGUACGUGAUCAGAUGUUACCAGCCCUCAGACCAGGAGGCUAUCAACUCUCUGUAUCGGGAGACAAUUCUGGAGCACAUUUACCCUGCAUUCCGCAGAGCCAUGAGCCACCCACAGUAUAUCUGUGUGACCCUCAGUAUCUGCCUGGCUGGAUAUGUCUUGGGUGGGGGCUCCUAUUUUUUGGCCCUGCUGGCAGGAGGAGCUUGGGUCACCCUGGUGUACUUCUCUUGCCAUAAGGUCUACGACAGCUACGUCAGGUACCGGCUGCAGAGAGACAUCGGCCACAUCCAAGAACACUACCUAAGCGACUCGGACAGCUGCUUCUGGGUUGCGGUGGCAGAGGUCAACGGCAGGUCAGGGGUCAUCGGGAUGGUGGGACUCGGCCAGGACAAGGACCCAAGAGGAGGCCAGGGAUACGGGGAUGUGGUCCGCAUGGUGGUAUCACCCUCCUGUCGCCGGGCUGGGGUGGGGUCCCGACUCACACAAACAGCUGUCGAAUUCUGCCAGGAGCGUGGAUUCUCCAGGGUCCUCCUGGAAACCACCACUUCCCAAACUGCUGCCAUUCCCCUGUACCGCAAAUUGGGCUUCAAGCACAUACACACCCACAGUGAUACAGAGACAUCCCGCUGGGUCACCAAGCUGGCCAGGGUGGGCGUUUUAGUGAUGGAAAAGAUCCUCUAA